CAGCGUUAAGACCCUUGCUUUAAAAAAAAAAAAAAAUUACCUUCAUAAGGAAUGAUGGGCUGAAUUUGGAUUGGCAAGGUGGUGAUGGAGAAGAAAGGAUUAUUGGAAAUGGGGGUAGAGGGAAAAAGAAAGGAGCUUGGAAAGGAAGAGGCCAAGUUUCUAGCUUGGAUGAUUGGGAGAGCAGUGGCACCUUUGAUGAAAAUCAGUGCUACAAUGAGGAGGAGGAGAUUUGGGGGAUUCAAUGAGCUCAGAGUUGCACUUGCUGAGUUUGGGGUGUUUCAAGCAUCUCAGCUGCAGUGAGGGGUCCAGCAGUCAAUAGGUGGAUGGAACUGAAGUUCAAGGGAGUAGCAAAAGCUGGGAAUACAGACUCAGAACUAACCAGCCUGGAGAUGGUGUGUGAAACCAUGAGAUACCUUGAUGCCUCCUAGGGAGAGUUUAUGAAGUGACAAGAAAAAUGGGACCUAACCAGCAUUCUUAGGGACAGGAUCUUGCAGCAACAGAGCAGAAAUCUCCAAGUAGAAAUAGGAGAAUCACCAAAAUACUAUUAUAUGGAGUCAAGGAAAUGCAAGGUACCCAGAAAAAGCAGUAAGCAAAUGCAAUCACAAAGGAGCAGAAACAAACUACACAGUGGAUUUGGCUAUGAGACCAUCUCAGCAGGGAGGUUUUGGCUGCAUGUUUCAGGCUGGAAUGGAGAGGCCAGGAGAGGGAUGGAGGAACUGACUUUGAAAAGGAGGAAGAUCGCCCUGUCAGAAGUUGGAGGGGAAGGAGGGGAGGAUGGAGGCCAAUAUUUAUAUGUUUAUAGGGGAAGGAGCACGGUCAAGUGUUGUGGCCUAAAUUGUUUUUGAAGUAAGAUUCAAGAUAUCUGCUGAGAAAGGUGGUGUGAGUGGAUGAUGAUAGCCACAGAGACAGUUUAAGAGGAAUUAGAAGGUUAAGACUGGCCACUGGGAAGACUGGGAUGAGCACCCAGUUGGACUGAAUGGAUCGAUACGCUAUUCAGUGGGCCCCAGUUGUCAUAAGUUCCACAUUUUAGAGACUUUUCUCCAGUUGCUCUAGGAGUAGAGGUGGCUUGUAGCACCUUUUCUUUUUCCAGGUUGAGGUUUCUCCCUCCCUUUCUUUCCUUAUUAUAGAAGGUGUUACCAAUGCCAAGACCCUCCUGCUCCCUUGCCCCCCGUUGCCUUGGUUCCUUAAGGAACCCCAAAGUGACUGCCAUUUUUUUCUGAAAAAGCUUUGGCUCUUUUAUUAAGUCCAUGAUUUCUACCAUGGCAUGAAGACCAGGUCCAACCCUGGAGUUUAAAAGUCCAAGAAACUCUACAGCCUCUUCUCAGUCUCAUGCCUUCCAAUCUCUAGGGCAGGCUACAUAUCAAAAGGAUUUAGAACAGGGGCUACUCUGAUGCUUCUUUUGUCCAGGAACUUUAGUCUGUCCUUUGCCGUUCCAGAAUCCAUCAUCACCGUAUUAGCCAUUCCCAGAUUCUUCAGCAUUGGAAAUCUGGAGUUGGGUGGAUUCUAUGGACCAGGAAAUGGAAUUCUAUGGAAAUAUCCACACUCCCUCCCUUUCUUUCCUUAUUUUCCACCUUGCUCUAACUGGCCCCAAGCUCAAUGGCCUUCAGGCAAAAGCAGAAAUGUUCCAAGAUGAUUAGCUAGGAACACAAGGUACAAUUGAAAAUCCAUUGUGCAAACAAGUGCCUGUUUGAUUUUCUCUUUGCUUCCUUUUGGGCAUUGAGGUUCCUUUCAAUUUGUGUUUGGUUUCUGGUAAUAAAUAUGGCACCAGUGUCAUUGAUUUAUUAUAAAGAUUAAAUAUGAGAAAUCAUGGAAGUAAAGCAGUGUCCAGCGUCUUCAGCAUUCAGCACACAGCACUACUGUUUGCAGGAAGCAUUUGCAGGAUGCUGAGGCAGCUGGAAGGGUUUACAUUGUGAGGGGAGGGCCCUUCUUUUACCAUCCUUUGCGUAAAUGGUUUAUUUCACCUCCAUUCAACAAGCCCAGUGUGUGACCUAGAACUCCGAUCAUACUUGUGCACCAAUCGAGGAGAGCCACAUGGGUGGGAAAUUGCAAUAAAAAGACAGCCCACAGCAGGCUGUAUUCCCAUGGUUGGCCCUAGGAGGAGGAACGCUUUGUUCUCACUGGAGCUGUAUGGGAAGUCUGCAUACAGCAGAGUGACCUGCAUGCCUCACCUUAUGGAAAGGAUGGUGGGCUCUGGCCUCCUGUGGUUGGCCUUGGUCUCCUGCAUUCUGACCCAGUCAUCUGCGGUGCAGCAAGGUUAUAGAAACCCCGCUGCAGCCAGUUCCUAUGGGCUGGACUUGGACUGCGGAGCUGACAACUGUUUUGACCCCUGUCAGAACUACACCCUCCUGGAUGAACCCUUCCGAAGCACAGAGAACACAGAAAGGAUCCAGGGGUGUGAUAACAACAUGAGCGGCUGGUACCGCUUUGUAGGGGAAGGAGGAGUGAGGAUGCCGGAGACCUGUGUCCCUGUGUACCGAUGCCAGACAGCUGCUCCCAUGUGGCUGAAUGGUGCCCACCCUACCUAUGGGGAUGGCAUCGUCAACCGCACUGCCUGUGCCCACUGGAGUGGCAACUGCUGUCUCUGGAAGACGGAGGUGCUGGUGAAGGCCUGCCCUGGCAGGUACCAUGUGUACCGGUUGGAAGGCACUCCCCAGUGUAGUCUGAGAUACUGUACAGACCCCUCCACUGUGGAGGACAAGUGUGAUAAGGCCUGCCGCCCCGAGGAGGAGUGCCUCGCCUUCAACAGCACCUGGAGCUGUUUCUGCAGACAGAACCUCAAUAUCUCUGAUGUCCACAGUUUGCAGCCUCAGCUGGACUGUGGGGCCAGGGAGAUGAAGGUGAAGCUGGACAAAUGUUUUCUGGAGGGCGUGGGCUUGGGGGAAGAGGUCAUUGCCUACCUGCGAGACCCAAACUGCAGCAGCAUCAUACAGGCAGAGGAGAGAAACUGGAUAUCUUUGACCAGCCCUGUUCAGGCUAGUGCCUGCAGGAACAUUCUGGAGAGAAAUCAAACCCAUGUCAUCUAUAAAAACACCAUCUCCUUGGUCAAUGAUUUCAUCAUCAGAGACACCAUCCUCAACGUCAACUUCCAAUGUACCUACCCGCUGGACAUGAAAGUCAGCCUCCAAGCUGCUUUGCAGCCCAUUGUAAGUUCCUUGAACCUCAGUGUGGGUGGGGAUGGAGAGUUCACUGUCAGGAUGGCCCUCUUCCAAGACCAGAACUACACGAAUCCUUAUGAAGGGGUUGCAGCUGAGCUGUCUGUUGAGUCCAUGCUCUAUGUGGGUGCCAUCUUGGAGCAAGGGGACACCUCCCGGUUUAAUCUGGUGUUGAGGAACUGCUAUGCCACCCCCACUGAAGACAGAGCUGACCCUGUGAAGUAUUUCAUCAUCAGAAACAGCUGCCCAAAUCAACGUGAUUCCACCAUCCACGUGGAGGAGAAUGGGAGGUCCUCUGAAAGCCGGUUCUCAGUUCAGAUGUUCAUGUUUGCUGGACAUUAUGACCUAGUUUUUCUGCAUUGUGAGAUUCAUCUUUGUGAUUCUCUUCAUGAACAAUGCCAGCCUUCUUGCUCAAGAAGUCAAGUCCGCAGUGACGUACUGGCCAUAGACCUAGCCCGGGUUCUAGAUUUGGGACCCAUCACUCGGAGAGGUGCACAGUCUCCCGGUGUCAUGAAUGGAAGUCCUGGCACUGCAGGAUUCCUGGUAGCCUGGCCCAUGGUCUUCCUGACCGUUCUCCUGGCUUGGCUGUUCUGAGAGCACCCCUGAGCAUCUGGCCUUGAAGUCUGUGUUCUUCCCUCUGGCAACGACUCCCUUCAGCACUUCUGGUUCCCAUUCCAAUUCACACAGUCUUGGUAUUAACAGACUCAAGGUCAGGCUAGGUUUAGGGAAAGGGAAGAGUUUUCACCUUCUUUAAAACUCUUUAGACCGGGCGCGGUGGCUCAAGCCUGUAAUCCCAGCACUUUGGGAGGCCGAAGCGGGUGGAUCACGAGGUCAAGAGAUCGAGACCAUCCCGGUCAACACGGUGAAACCCCGUCUCUACUAAAAAUACAAAAAAUUAGCUGGGCAUGGUGGCGUGUGCCUGUAAUCCCAGCUACUCAGGAGGCUGAGGCAGGAGAAUUGCCUGAACCCAGGAGGUGGAGGUUGCGGUGAGCCGAGGUCGCGCCAUUGCACUCCAGCCUGGGGUAACAAGAGCGAAACUCCGUCUCAAAAAAAUAAUAAAAAAAAAAACUCUUUAAAAAUGCCUUUGUGUUUCUCUUUUUCUCAUAGUGGGGUUCCUGUCAGUCUGUCCUGGGCUGCCCUUCUCGUUUGUUAAUGAGACCUUGAAAGCAAGCUUGUUAGGUGUCUUCUGUGGCUCCCGCCUUUACUGGAAGUGUGGCACAUGUUUUUAACACCAGGGAAGAGGUAUCCUGUCACUGGGGUAUGGGACAAGCCUGCAGAAGAGGCACCAGCCAUGACUCCUUCCUAAGCAUCUCCUGUUCUGACUGCUCAUGAAUUGGAGGCUGACCCUUGCUUUCACUCUGCUUCUUCUGAUGCGUUUCUAUCAUGGUUUCCCAAAAUCGCCAUAGGAACAUCUCUAAGGGCCACUUUAGGAGGCUUUGCCCCGGAAAAACUAGUCCCCAUCCCUCCCCUAUCCCCUGCCACGCCACAGACAUGCUGUGACUUAGAGAACCAGGCAAACAUCCUUGGGACCUGGAUGCUGGAGGAAUGAACUUGACUUUGAUGCAGAAACUCCAUCACCCAAGGGAACACCUCUUGCUAUAAACAGUGCUGUGCUUGCUCAGAAGGAUUAAGCAGGGAGUCCCAACAGAAGCAAUGCACCAGUCCUGCUAUGGAAAUGUAACUGCAAAGCCUGGGAGAUGGGUGAAGUCCCUUUCUGGAGAUCUUUAAUGAGUAUUUCAAAGCACUCCACAAAGAUGCAACAAAUAGGGCAUCAUACAUACAUCGGCAUUAAUACUCAUGGGCAUAUAGAUACCGACAUGUGUACACUGACUUAUGCCCUUCCCACAGCUACAGAUAAGGCCUCGCAAAGCUGACCUCAGAGGACACAUCAGGAGCCAAGGUGGACCAACAGUCGCCAAGCCUGUGUAUCUGCUUGAAGGAGAUGUUUCAAUGUGCUGCCUUGUUCAGAGAUGUUGUGGUUGCAAGAAACAGGAACCCACUACAAUUUCUCAGGCCAAAGGGGAGUUAAUUAUAGGGACAUAGGAGCACAAAGUUCAAGUGCAAGAGAUACAUAAAGGCUGCACAAACUCUGGGAGUGAGGCCUGGUGAGCCAAAAGAAACCAAAGUUUGUCUUUCCUUUAGUCCCUCUUCUGGAAGUCACAUAGCUUUUUAUGACUGCAUGUCUUUGCUUCUCCUUUGUUUUCUUUUCCUGUCUCUGAAGCUAGCUUUUCCUGUUCACUUAUCCCUUGAUUAAAUAUGGACAUUCCAGCUUCA